CACCUCCAGUACCUCCCCACCUUCCCAUGGCGGACCCGAGCCCGAGCCCCGCCGGAGCCCCGACCCGGAUCGACGGCAACGCCCUCGCCGCGAAGUCCCUGGCCCGGUUCGGCGUGGACGGGAUGUUCGGCGUCGUGGGCAUCCCCGUCACCGCCCUCGCCAACCGGGCCGUCGCCCGGGGCGUCCGCUUCAUCGCCUUCCACAACGAGCAGUCCGCCGGGUACGCCGCCUCCGCCUACGGCUACCUCACCGGCCGCCCCGGCGUCCUCCUCACCGUCUCCGGCCCGGGCUGCGUCCACGGCCUCGCCGGGCUUUCCAACGCCAUGGCCAACGCCUGGCCGAUGGUCUUGAUCUCCGGCUCCUGCGACCAGAAGGAUUUCGGGAGAGGGGACUUCCAGGAGCUCGAUCAGGUGGAAGCCGUGAGGCCCUUCUCGAAGUUCUCGGCGAAAGCGAAGGACAUAAGGGAAAUACCCAGUUGCGUGGCUCGGGUCCUCGGUCACGCGGUCUCGGGUCGGCCCGGCGGGUGCUACUUGGAUCUUCCGUCGGACGUGCUGCACCAGACGGUGACGGAGUCGGAAGCGGAGAGCCUCCUGGACGAGGCCGAGAAGUGCGCGUUGAAGGAGGAGAUACCGAACGUGUUGAGCGCGCAGAUUGAGGGGGCCGUCGCUUUGCUGAGGGCCGCCGAGAGGCCGUUGAUCGUGUUCGGGAAAGGAGCUGCCUUUGCGAGGGCGGAGGACGAGCUGAAGAAGCUGGUGGAGGUGAGCGGAAUUCCGUUCUUGCCGACUCCGAUGGGGAAGGGCCUUUUGCCCGACACGCACGAGUUGGCGGCGACCGCGGCGAGGUCGCUCGCGAUCGGGAAGUGCGACGUCGCGCUUGUCGUCGGCGCGCGGCUCAAUUGGCUGUUGCAUUUUGGGGAGCCGCCCAAGUGGUCUCCUGAUGUGAAGUUCAUUUUGGUUGAUGUGAGCAAAGAGGAGGUUGACUUGAGGAAGCCGUUUUUGGGUCUGGUAGGUGAUGCUAAGAGGGUGUUGGAAUUGAUCAACAAGGAGAUCAAGGAUGACCCGUUUUGCUUGGGGAGGUCUCAUCCGUGGGUCGAGGCGAUUUCGAAGAAGACGAAGGAGAAUGUGUCGAGGAUGGAGGCUCAAUUGGCGAAGGAAGUCGUGCCCUUUAAUUUCUUGACCCCAAUGAGGAUCAUAAGGGAUGCGAUUUUGGGACAGGGGAGUCCGGCGCCAAUAUUGGUUUCUGAAGGGGCGAAUACGAUGGACAUUGGGAGGGCAGUGCUAGUUCAGACCGAGCCGAGGACUCGAUUGGAUGCUGGGACGUGGGGGACCAUGGGAGUUGGGUUGGGUUAUUGCAUUGCAGCUGCUGUGGCUUCCCCUGACCGGCUCGUGGUCGCUGUCGAAGGUGAUUCUGGGUUUGGGUUCAGUGCGAUGGAAGUUGAGACUUUAGUUCGAUAUCAGUUACCAGUGAUUGUGAUUGUUUUCAACAAUGGCGGUGUAUAUGGCGGUGACCGGAGGACCUCUGAAGAAAUCACCGGGCCCUACAAGGAUGACCCUGCACCUACUUCAUUUGUUCCCACUGCUGGAUAUCAUACUCUAAUUGAAGCCUUCGGGGGCACAGGUUAUCUUGUUACUACACCUGAUGAGCUCAAGCAUGCUCUCUCGGAAUCCUUUUCUGCUCGUAAGCCAACCGUGGUAAAUGUGAUUAUCGAUCCAUAUGCUGGUUCGGAGAGUGGCAGACUACAACACAAGAACUGACCAGUGUGGUAUGUCCUCCUUUACAUCCAGCUGUGCUUGGGAGAAAAUAUCUAUCAAAAACCAUUGCCUUGUGUGGUGUGUUCAGAGUGCACCAUGUGAUGCGACGAUCUUUCAUAGAUAAUUAUCACCAAGCGCUGCUGGUGUGGAAAUAUGAAAAGGAGGCCAUACUUGAUCGAUCAGUUCUUUCUUCGCACGUCUGGUAUUUCAAUUUACUCUCGCCUAUAAUGGCAAUUGCAAAGUGAUGGCCGGCGAGUUUUUGUAUAGCCAUGACUACUCGGCAGCGUCCUAAGAGGCGCAACAAGUUUUUCUUAUAUCUGGGCAGUAAGAAAUGUAAUAUUUUGGUGGGCGUUAAUUGUAGGAGUCUCGUGCUGUGUGGAACAUUAGUCUGAACAAUAAACUAGGAGUCAAAUAAAUCUAUAGUGAUGUGCAGGGUUGAAAACGUAGCUAUUAUGUACUCAAACCUGUUUUGUAUCGAUUGAUUUAUAGAUUGAUCUUCCGCUUUC